AUGACUGACAAAGACGACACAGAUGAAGACGACACAGAUGAAGACGACACAGAUGAAGACGACACAGAUGAAGACGACACAGAUGAAGACGACACAGAUGAAGACGACACAGAUGAAGACGACACAGAUGAAGACACUGAUGAAGACGACACAGACGAAGACACAGAUGAAGACGACACAGAUGAAGACACUGAUGAAGACGACACAGAUGAAGACACUGAUGAAGACGACACAGAUGAAGACGACACAGAUGAAGACGACACAGAUGAAGACACUGAUGAAGACGACACAGAUGAAGACACUGAUGAAGACGACACAGAUGAAGACGACACAGAUGAAGACACAGAUGAAGACGACACAGAUGAAGACACAUAUGAAGACGACACAGAUGAAGACACAGAUGAAGACGACACAGAUGAAGACGACACAGAUGAAGACAACACAGAUGAAGACGACAAUGACGCUACAUUGGUGAUGGCAGAGAAAUAUGGUGCGGUACAAGAAUAUGGCUAA